CUAAAUUUCACUAUAAAUAGGAGAUGGAUUGCGAAGAGAAUAGCUCGCCCACUGCAAGCAAGUUUUUCUGCUCUAUUCUGAUCCUCCGCCGAGGAAGAAGAGUGUUGUGAGCGAAAGGUGUUCGACAAUUUGCUCCUUAGAAGAAUUUGGCUCUGAUUUUUAAGAGUUGAAAUGAAGGUCAAUGUUAUCUCACGCAAUGGCCAGGAGAUCUUUAUGGGGUUGGAGCUCGAUGCAUCUGCAAUGGUUAGCGAUCUGCAACAGGCGAUUUACUCACGGAAUAAGAAGCUUUAUCCUGCUCGACAGCGCCUUACAUUCCAUUUAAAAUCUGGAGUGGAUGGAAAACCAUUUGUCCUCAAUCCAAAAAAGAAACUUGUAGAUUACGCAGAUGGAAAUGAAAAUUUUAUGACAGUGGUGUUCAAGGAUUUAGGACCCCAGGUGUCUUACAGGACCCUCUUCUUCUGGGAGUACUUGGGCCCUUUUCUCAUAUACCCAAUCUUCUACUUCUUCCCAGUCUACAAAUACCUUGGUUACGAGGAAAGGAAAGAAAAGCAUCUCGUUCAGACCUACGCCUUGUAUUACUGGUCCUUCCACUACUUCAAACGCAUCAUGGAGACUUUCUUUGUUCACAGAUUCAGCCAUGCUACUGCACCAAUCUAUAAUAUCUACAGAAACUGUUCUUACUACUGGACUUUUGCUGCAUGCGUUUCUUAUAACGUGAACCACCCACUUUACUCUCCUGUAAGCGAACUGCAAUGGAAGAUUGGUUUUACUUUUGGCUUAAUUUGCCAAUUCGCAAAUUUCUACUGCCACAUUAUUCUGAAACAAUUGAGGAGUUCUGAUGGUGUUGGAGGGUAUCAAAUACCACAAGGAUUCCUGUUCAACAUUGUCACUUGUGCGAACUACGCAACAGAAAUUUAUCAGUGGCUUGGUUUCAACAUUGCAACGCAGACGUUGGCUGGCUAUUUGUUUAUUGCAGUUGGUACUUAUUCAAUGUAUAACUGGGCUGUCGGAAAGCACCAGAGACUGAACAAGUUGUUCGAUGGAAAAGAUGGAAGGCCAAAAUUUUCAAGACGAUGGGUCCUUCUUCCUCCUUUUUACUGAAGAGUUCCAAGUCCUGAAUGUUGGCUACUGUACUUGCUUUGCCAGUUUCAUGCGGGAUACGUUCUAGUAUUUGGGGCAUUGAAUACCAGCUAUAAUAUUUUCUUUCUUUCUUUUUUUUUUUUCUUUGGGUUUCUUACUCUGUAUCUUUAAGCGUAUUAAAUAUUACUGUAAGUCUGUUAUUUCCUUAUAUUGGAUCUUUACUUGAUGAUCAAACUCAGCAAUCAAAGUGAACAGCUGCUUUCAGUUAUAAAAUUGCAUAACCACAAAAGCUUGUGCCUUGCACAAAAAAUUAAGGAAGUUCUUUCUGGUAAGUUUGUAGCCCCUGCCAAACACCUUAACGUUGUUAUGCAAAGUGUUGUGACAGAGCAGAGAGAAACAA